UAUUGGAUCUCAUUUCCCCAAUAUCACAUUCCUAGCAAAGAACUCCUAUCCGAUUAUUCUCCCACGUACCCUUUCGAUUAAAUUCCGCACCCGCUUCUGCAAAAUGAAGCAAUUUCGCGAAAUAAGGAUGCCUCGUUUGCUCCAUGGGAUACUAACCGUCACGAUAUAUAGCAUCGACAAGCUGCGGGUGGGGUCUUGUUUUAAUCUCUGUGGAAAGGCUUCAAGUGCUCAAAGUUCACAGAGAAAAUCAUUCCUCUCUCAAGUCAAAAGACUAGUCCAACGCCAGCCUGAGUUUGAGAGCAUAUAUGCAACUGUGGAUCUGGACAGGGCAAGAGUAGCAAGAACAAGCAAGAUAAAAAUGGAAAGUCCCAACCCAAUUUGGAACGAGACCUUCCGUAUAUACUGUGCACAUUACAUCUCGGAGAUCAUAUUCACAGUCAAAGGAAACAAUCCGGUUGGGGCAACCCUAAUCGGGAGGGCCCAUGUUCCAGUCGAGGAUGUUGUGAAGGGAUACAUUGCUGAGAGAUCAGUCGAAAUAGUCGACGGACGUGGUAACCGUGUCCACGGGCAUCCGAGAAUUCACGUGAAAAUGCAAUUUUCGGAUGUGACUAAAGAUGCCAAUUGGUCUAAAGGAAUCAAUAGUCCUAUGUUCGAGGGAGUUCCCAACACAUUCUUCUUGCAAAGGAAUGGUUGCAAGGUUACUCUAUACCAAGACGCACAUGUCGGGGACAAUUUUAGGCCCCGGAUUGGUCUCUUAGGUGGAUCCCGGUAUGAGCCUCAUCGAUGCUGGGAGGACAUCUUUGAUGCGAUCACAAAUGCAAGGCACUUGAUUUACAUUGCAGGAUGGUCCGUGUCCACAAAGAUAACUCUGAUACGGGACCCUCGAGGACUCAAGCAGGGAAGCGACAUUAAGCUUGGGGAACUACUUAAGAGAAAGGCCGAGAAUCCAGGCAUGACUGUUCUUAUGCUUGUUUGGGAUGAUCAAACUUCCCAGGAGUUAAAGAGGGAAGGUUUGAUGGCGACCCAUGAUCAAGAGGCUGCAGACUACUUCCGUGGCUCAAAAGUUCAAUGUGUUCUGUGUCCUAGGAUUCCCGGGGCCGGCAGAAGCAUUAUUCAAGGAUUCGCAACUGAUGUCACCUUUACUCACCAUCAGAAGUUGGUAGUUGUUGAUUCGGAAGUGGAUGGUGGGCAAACGGAAAAGAGGAGGAUUGUGAGUUUUAUUGGGGGCAUUGACUUGUGUGAUGGUAGGUACGACACGCAAGAUCACCCUUUGUUCAAGACUUUAGGUUCCAUCCACAAGGACGAUUUCCAUCAACCAAACUUCACCGGAGCAUCGAUCAAAAAGGGCGGUCCCCGGGAACCUUGGCAUGAUAUUCACUGCCGUCUCGAGGGUCCCGUUGCCUGGGAUGUUCUAUACAACUUUGAGCAACGUUGGAGAAAGCAGGCAGAUGAAAAGUACCUCAUUCCGAUGAAGACUCUCAACAGCAUAGUAGUCAGUCCUUCGUCAUCAUCAAUCACCUCAACGGAUGAUCCAGAGAGUUGGAAUGUCCAACUAUUUCGGUCCAUCGAUGGUGGGGCUGCUUCAGGUUUCCCCCAGGCACCAAACACUGCAGUUGCAAUGGGCCUUGUCAAUGAAAAGGGCAACAUAGUCGAUCGGAGCAUUCAGGAUGCUUAUAUCAAUGCUAUACGCCGAGCAAAGAACUUUAUUUAUAUCGAGAACCAAUAUUUCCUUGGAAGCUCAUUUGAUUGGAAGAAAUCGAGCGAUAUCACUGUCGAAGACGUCAAUGCUUUGCAUCUAAUUCCAAAGGAGCUUUCUUUAAAGAUUGUGAGCAAAAUUGAGGCAGGGGAGAGGUUCUCGGUGUAUGUAGUCAUCCCUAUGUGGCCUGAGGGUAUGCCUGAGAGCGCAUCGGUCCAAGCAAUAUUAGAUUGGCAGAGGAGGACCAUGGAGAUGAUGUAUACCGACAUAUCCAAAGUCCUUCAGAGGAAAGGUAUGUUGGACAGGACUCAUCCGACAGACUACUUGACGUUCCUCUGUCUUGGAAAUCGCGAGUCUAAGAAGGUUGGUGAGUACGAACCUGAAGAAAAGCCUGAACCCAAUGGCGACUAUGGUAGAGCUCAACAAGCACGGCGAUUCAUGAUUUAUGUUCAUUCCAAGAUGAUGAUUGUUGAUGAUGAGUACAUAAUAGUCGGAUCAGCAAACAUAAACCAGAGGUCCAUGGAUGGAGCGAGAGAUACCGAGAUUGCCAUGGGAGCAUACCAGCCAAAACAUUUAACUACCAUGGAACCUGCAAGGGGUCAAGUAUAUGGUUUUAGGUUGGCAUUGUGGUACGAACAUCUUCGACAAUUUGAAGAUCUAUUUGAAACUCCUGAGAGUGUGGAUUGUAUACGGCAAGUGAAUGCCCUCGCGGAGCGAAACUGGAAACUGUUCUCGGACAAUUCAUUUGUCGGGGACUUACCUGCGCAUCUGCUCCGAUAUCCGGUCGAGAUAACCAAGCUCGGGGAUGUCACAACAUCAGAAGAAAACAAACAUUUCCCUGAUACUAAGGCUCCCGUUUUAGGCACUAAAUCGGACUACCUUCCUUUUAUUCUUACCACCUAAUAAUGAAUGUACACCCGAAUAUUGUUUGUGAAGUGUAAGUAAUGACAACUGAAAAUCAUCAUUAUUAUUAUUAA